AUGGUGGCGGAUGCUUACUAUAUUAGAGUAUCAGUAGAUGGAGAUGAUGUUCCAUUAAGUGGUCACUGUAAUGGAAAUGCAAACAGUGGAGAUUGUAGGUUUACUGCUACACAAAGCAGUACUCCAACAAUUACACAAGUUGAGCCUGUUUCCCAAGCAUCUCUGCCAGGUAUAAUUAUGAAAUUAUAUGGCAAAAUUUAUUCUGGUGUAUAUGGAAGCAAUGUGCCAUCGGAUGAAAUCACAAAUGGUGUUACAGAAAGAAUUUUAAGAGUGUAUGCCCAUGCACAGUUGUGUGAAUUAAGAGGAGAAAAUGAUACAUUUUAUGGUUUAGAAAUGGACAAUGAUGGAAGUAGUACUAAUGGCUUUAUGAAAUGUUUAACGAAGGGAACUUUUGUUGGAAACACCAAUGCCAGUUUUAUUUUAGAAGGAAAAUAUGGAAGGUCAAUGCCUGAUGCCAAUUUGUUGCGAGUUUCUAGUAAUGAUGACAUCUACAUGUUCCAGACAUACGCCAAAGUGACAGGUGUAAAUCCAUCUACCGGCAGUGUUAAAGGUGGAACACUGAUUACUAUUUCUGGCCAGUACUUUGAUGAGACAAAUUCUGCAGUCAGAGUGUUGGUAGGAGGCACAGAAUGUGAAGUAACACAAGAAAUAACAGAUAGUCAAAUUAUUUGUAGAACAGCUGAUCAGUUAUCUGCCCCUAGAUAUGCAGGUAACAGAGGAUUAAAUUAUGAAGAGUUCAGUAGUACAUACCACAGCUUCUCAGAUUUACCAAAUUUGGCGGACUUACUGACCAAUGCAACAGAUUAUUCAUCAUCAGUCAUUGACGAGUUUUACUUUACCGAGAAUGAUUUAGAUGGAUAUUCAACAAGGACACAUGGUUUUUUUAUACCUCCACACACUGGUCAAUACACAUUACACGUAAAAUGUGAUGAUUCUGCCAUUUUGUAUCUGAGUACAGAUGACGAUCCUGUUAAUAAGGUAUUAUGUGAAUGA